CAGGAAGCUGAAGUGGAAGGGGAGGUGGGGUGGGAGGAGUCAAAUUUAGCCCCCGGGUCAUAUAAACAACAAGAAUCACAAAUCAGAGAAUAGAACAAAUAUUACCGAAGUACUUAUGAAUCGACCCGCCGCCCUGAAACCACAGAAUAAUUGAGCGAGCAGUUAUAUUGACGUGUUUUAAAAAGAUUGAUCAAUGUUGGUCUCUGUACUUCAUUCAACCGGAUGUUGAGGUUAUGCGCUCUAUGAAAUAACCGAAACUUCCCACGAUUGGCUUGCUAGUCUGCUAAACAGUGAUUGUUUGGAACAAGGAAAGAUUGUAUUAAUAAGACUUUUUUGCACAAUGUUUUUCUCCCCGCAAGAAGACCCUCACAGCAUUCAAGUUAUCAAGUUUUAUUGUGGAUCUACAUGUCUUUACUUUCCUCUCUUGACGAUAUUGAUAUUGUGUACGGAUCUCAUGUACAAGACUGGAAGAUUCUCUUUCCUGCCAUAUCUAGGCUUAAUAGUGCUUGCAGAGUUCAUGAAAAGCAUUUUCAUAAAUAAUUAUAUUAAGGAACCAGAAAAGCUUGCUGGCAGAAAUGCUCCCAAACUUGGUGGAACUGGAGUACGAAAAUGGUUUUCAGAGAAAAGGUUAAAGGAUUUUUCAAAAAUUUUAGUGCUCUUAGGACUAGUAACCAUAGGGUACUUUAUAAUAGCUAUUUUGUUUGGGGCUGAACUAUUUAGCAAGUACGAGGAAACAUUUAUGUUAAGUUCAUUGCUUAUGCUGUUGACUGCUUUGCCACCAUGCCUCUACCUGGGACCAAACUAUGCCUUAGGAGCUAUUCUCGGAGACGAGCCCAGUUCAUUGAACCCAUUAAGUCCUAUUUUUCAACAUGUUGUUCGUAUAACUCUUCUAGGAGUCUGGCUUGGUGCGUUUGUAAUACCUUUAGAUUGGGACAGACCCUGGCAAGAAUGGCCUGUACCGUGUUGUGUGGGUGCACUCAUGGGGUAUGUUGCAGCUCAUGCGUCUGCCUUAAUACAAGUGGCCAUACCACGAUGUUUAACUCAUGGAAUAGCGAGUAAAUUAAAAAUUUGAUCUUUUAAUUGAUGGACAUUACAGUCAUUAGACCAAGUCAGGCCUUGUACUGGAUGUCAUCUUUAAGACAUUAUUAGGGUCAUCCUUUGAAAAUGUAUUCAACUUUCUAGUCUGUGUUGUAUCAGUCAAUAAAUUUUAUUUGAAAAGAA